UAUUAAGUAAAAUUUUUGUUUACGUGAUUCUGUGUAUUUGUUCGUUCUGGAAAUAUAGUGUAGCUGCUACAUUAUUAAAGUACGUGCAAUAGCUCUAAACAAGCAUGCAAUUAAGUCAGAUCAUAUAGAUUUUUAAGAAGAUUGAAAUAUACAAAUUGGUAGCAUGUCAGAUCCAGAGUAUAAAAAUCCAUUUGCUGCUCUGUUUCCGUGUCCUGAUGAAAAUGAUGCAUUUAAAGCUGGCGUGAUUCCAUCUGAAAUAAUUGACAGACCUAGUAAGAGUGGUGAAUGUGGUUCUCAAGAAUCAUCUGGUGCUGAAAUGCAGUCUUCGGAAGUGACAGUUCCCAAAUUGGACGAAAGAGAAAAGCACAUUUCCAGUCAUUUUUAUGAACAUGUAUUUCGAAUAACAUUAUCCAAAGAUCCAUGCUGUAAUAAGAAUGGACCAUCUUCUCUAAUAUUCUUAAAUGAAGUACAUGUUGCUUUAUGUUAUCAAACUGAAAUAGAUGAAAACUCUAUUGAUAGGGCAGUGUUUGAACGUCUGUUACUUGAAGAACCUUCCCAACAUAUAAUUCGCAGGAAAAAAUUUGAUGAUGAAGAUGUUAUUACAAGUGAGAAGAGAAUAAUUUUCUACCUAUAUCAGUCCUAUUAUCGUUUAAAAACUUCUAGGGAUUUUAAGAUUGGACCAUAUGAAACUGCACACCAUGUAAUUGUAACUCAAACAGCAUCUGCUUUAUGUAACCCUGAAAUGUUCCCUGAUGCAAAAUUAGCAGAAGACUUAAUGAAAUUAUUAUUACAUUAUCACCAAGAAUCAGGCCAUUGUGAAGUAUUGUCUCAGUUCCUGGUUGAUGUUACUACUUCAAUCAUGGAUCUCGAUAGUGGAAAUCUAGCUGAAAUUCUUAAGCCGUGUUUUAGUCAUUUACAAGAAAAGUUAGCAGUAACAACUUUAUCUGAUAGAAAUUUGUUUAUGUAUAUAGAUGUUUUGACCUAUUUUACUGAAUCAGACCACUUAAUCAAAGCAUUAUUGAAAUUUAGUAUGCCAAAUGAAAUAAAAAAUGGAAAGUCUUAUCAGAAUAGCUUAUUGGGACUUCCUCUGGCAGUGUCCUGCUUGCCAAAAUCAGAGUUUGAUAGAUAUGAAUUUUUCCAGGAACCAGCUAGGUAUUCAAAUCAAGAGCAUUCAAUUACGGAGGAACGAUUAUCAAUGCCUUUAAUAACCAUUGCAAAAGACAUGCAUCGUUUAUUAGAAAAAAUACUAAGAAAAUCAGCAGAAAGUAGGGAGCUACUUCUUCAGUGGCUUGGUUGUUGCCUAGAUGCAAAUUCUGGACGUGCCAAAAUUUGGAAUAGCCAGUUGCCUGAAGUGUAUGCUUCUCUUCACGGAUCAGAUGGUUUUUUCAUUAAUUUAUUAGCUGUUCUUUUGCUGUUAUGCAAACCAUUUGCAGAGCCAUGCUCUCCAAAAUUAGCAAAAGUAAACCCAUUGUAUUGUGCUGCACCUCUUUCAACUGAAACAAAGAAAAAUGGAGUUCAUAUAAAAAGUAUAUCAUCUGAAACUUGCCUUUUGCCUAGAGAUGAGCCAAUGGAAACAGAUGAAACAGUGUACAAUUUCAUGACUGAGAUAUUCUUUUUUACACAUUAUGCAUUUAGAAUUGGUUUUCAUGUUGUUAAUGAAAAAAUGGUAAAACAAAAUCAAGAUUUAAUUCGCACCCAAAGGCUGUAUGAAGAAGCUCGCAUGCAAGGUGGAGAAUCAUCAGAAAUUGGACAGCAAUUGAAAGAAAAAAUGGAAAGAGGAAUGACACGGUUUUUAAGUUACCGCACAGCCUUGUUAGUACCAGAAACUCUUCACUUAAUGCUGAAAUUCCAUAUUGCAUCUGCUACUUGGCUGGUCAACUUAUCUACCAAUGACAAAUUAAAUGUAUACAAAACAUCACAAUUUCCUCCCCAGAAUGAAACAUCUUGUAACUUAUCGUAUGUUCCUGAAUUUAUUGUAGAAAAUAUUAUAGAUUGUACUAUAUUUUUAAAGCGUUUCAGUACAAAAUCCUUUGAGCUUGUAGGUGAUAAUUUGGAUCAUUUUAUGACAAUGAUUCUGAUGUUCAUGGGUAGUCCAGAAAGAGUGAAGAAUCCACAUCUGCGAGCUCAUUUAGCAGAAAUGUUAGAAUCAUUGAUGCCUGAAGAUGAAUCUAACACUCUUUUGUCAAGUGUCUACCGAGAGAAACUCUUUACUUCACAUAUAUUUGUUGAUGAAAUGAUUCCUACCUUGUUAAAUGUUUUUGUGAGCAUAGAAAUGACUGGUCAAAGUGUUGCUUUCGAACAGAAAUUCCAGUAUAGACGACCAAUGUAUAUUGUUCUUGACUAUUUGUGGAAUUUUGAUAUUCAUAAGAAGAAAAUGAAGGAAUUGGCUGAAGUUGCUGAACAAAAUAUGGAAUCUCCCCACCCACCAUUGUUUCUUCAUUUUAUCAAUCUUUUGAUCAAUGAUGCUAUUUUUCUACUGGAUGAAGCUCUCACUUACAUGAGCAAGUUACGAGAAAUUCAACAGCAACGAGAUAGUGGUACUUGGAAUACCAUGUCUCCUGACCAACAGCAACAACAAGAAGGGAAUUUCCAUCAUAUGGGUUUACUUGCUAAAUUCCAUAAUGUAAUGAGCAAUGAAACCAUAAACACAAUACAGUGGCUUACAACUGAAAUCAAGUCUAUAUUUUGUCAUCCAACUAUUGUGGAGCGAAUCACUGCUAUGCUCAAUUAUUUCUUACUCAAUCUGGUUGGACCUCAGAAAAAGAAUUUUAAAGUGAAAGAUCUCAAAGAGUAUGAAUUUAAGCCUCAUGAACUAGUUCGAGACAUUUGUAAAAUUUAUGAAAAUCUUGGUUUAAAUGAUGACAUACAAGCUGAACGUUUUUGUUCUGCUGUAUCUCGAGAUGGCAGAUCUUAUACUAGUGAAUUGUUUCCCCUUGCUCAAGUUGUUUUGCAUAAGAUUGGUCAAGGAGUUCUUGCAUCUCAGUUGGAAAUCAUAGCUUCUAAAGUCCAUCAAUUGGCUGUGAAACAACAACAAGAUGAUGAACUACUUUUUGGAGCACCAGAUGAAUUCCUUGAUCCAAUUAUGAACACACUAAUGAAAGACCCUGUCAAACUUCCAUCUUCUGGUGUUACUGUAGACAGAGCUACAAUUGCUCGCCAUCUUCUUAGUGACCAGACAGAUCCUUUUAACCGCAGUCCUUUAACAAUGGAUAUGGUUGUACCAGAUGAUGAACUGAAAGGCAGGAUGCAAAAAUGGUUUGAUGAACGAAGAUCAGCUUCACAGACAUAAAAUUAUAAAAUCAUAAGGAAAUAAAAAUAUAUUUCCAUUGCAUUUUAAUUAAAUGUUUCAUACAUCUUUAAAGUUAGUGUUUUGUAUUUUAUUAUGUUUUUUUAUUAUACAAUUUUUAAGAACUGUUGCAUAAGGAAGCAACUUUUUGUAAAAUAAUAGUCCAUUUAUGACUGUCAUAAAAUAAGUGUAAGGAAACUGUCUUGUGUUAAUUUGUGUAGAAAUGGUGCACUUGGCAAGUUGAAUUUUUUUUAAUAUUUCUUCCUUUUUUUUCUCCUCAAAGUAUGUGUCCAAUUUUCUUUUGAAUUGGAAACUUUGGGUCAGAUGUUCAAAAAUAUGCAGUGAGUACUUUUCUGCAGUUAUUUCAUUCAAUUGCUAUGGAAAGAAAUGCAUAUAUUUAUUCGUGUGAAUAAAAGAAAGGAUUUGCUAAAUAAAGAUUCAUAUUGCA